AUAAUGCAUGCAGGUCUGGUUCCAGAACCGCCGAGCCAAGUGGAGGAAGAAGGAGAACACCAAAAAAGGUCCGGGCCGACCCGCACACAACGCACACCCGACCACCUGCAGCGGUGAACCCAUGGACCCGGAAGAGAUCGCCCGGAGAGAACUGGACCGCCUGGAGAAGAAGAAGCGAAAGCAGGAGCGCCGCCUGCUCAAGGCCCAGAAUAGGCACCUGCACGGGGAUCUAUUUCACACCCCGGGAUCGGACAGCGACAGCGGCAUGUCUCACGUCACUGACAGUGACCACAACAACUCGGCCUCGCAUUUGGACCUAGCGUCCAACUCGGUGCACACCCAGAGCCAGAACCAAAAACACUUGGACCAGGACCCUGGCGGCUCCGAGCUGGACUCGGCCGACGCCAGCCACCGCUCGAGCUUGUGCUCCGGCUCCAACCGAACCUCCGGGUUGCAGAAACUGAACCCGUUCAGCGUGGAGAGCCUCCUCUCGGACUCCAGACCCAGACGUAACGCCGCGGCCUUACCCGCCUCCCGGCCCCUCAUUGGGAAGGGCCACUUCCUGCUCUAUCCCAUCACGCAGCCGCUUGGAUUCAUUGUCCCCCAGACCGCCUUAAAAACGACUACGAACCCUGACAGUGGUUCCGAGAUCCCGGUGGGAAGGAACCAAGCGUCCGGCGUGCAGUGCAGCACGUCUUCGGGGUGCAGGAGCACCUCGCCUGGGGACACGGAAAGGGAUCAGGCUGGGUCCGGUUCCACCAGUCCUCAGACUGUGACCCACGAACACGGUACACAAGGUGACAAGGAACAUCUAGAGGAGAGUCCUGCUUCAGAACCACAGCCGAACGCUCAUGAAAAAACGGAAUAACUCCAUGAGGAACACAUUAAUUUAAGGCCAAAGCUCAAAUUUGCCAUUUUAGGUUCUCCUCUCCCUUUGAGUGUGAGUGUCCACAUUUUCAAAUGUGUCACAAACACAAAAAAAUCCUCGAGCUGUAAAAAAAACUAUUAUACUAUUUAUAUACAUAUGUGAGGCUUUUUUGUUAAAUAAAUUUAUUGUAUACAAUCAACACAAAGCGUGUGCGACCUUAAAUAGCGAUAACACUUCCGGGUAGGGCCAGCCAAUCACAUGAGAGGAUAUCUCAUGCUGUAUUUUGGUAUAUUGCCUUAACAAAUGUAUUCAUCUAUAAGACGAGCACGCGGGCAUGCGCGCGCGCCCGCACACACACACACACACACAUACACACACUCCAAAAAAAGAUGAAAUGAGGUUAGGAGCCUGAGGCAAAAAAGGGACCCGCUGCACUCCUGCAGAGUUUUGAUAUGAAAGUAAUUAUUUUCCCGGUGGCUACUUUGCGGGGGGAAUAUGGUUUAUUUUAGCUCUAGAGGAAGAAGAAGGGGAGGGGGGCUGGUGUCUUAUAAUACAUUACCGAUUGUUGGUGAUAUGAAAUCACAUAAACUUCCAGGAAUAAUAGAAUUAGCAUGAAAAGGCCGGCUUGUCAAAUUGAAAUAGGAAAAUAAUAGCCCCAGCAGCUGCGUGCAUGUGUGUAUUAUUGGAUCGUGGGGAGGCAUUUUCAUGAGCUCCCACUAGACACACACUCUAUAUAUGCGCGUGUGUGUGCACCACCACAUGAAGAUAGAUGUUCGAUGAUAGCCCCCUCAUUGUUGUGUCGCCUCCACGGCCAUGUUGGGCUCUUAUCAGCCUAUUGAUCACGCCUGGGCUGUAAUGGGCCGGGCUGGGCCGAACGUGCCUAUUUACAAAGCAGCAACACAUUUGUUCUAAUAGGGAUGGAGAUCCCCUGGGAGGCCGUGCAGGAUCUGGGACAUCUGCUACCUACACCCCCUGCCCCGUUUUUUUAACCCCCCAAUAUUAAAUCAAUCCAAGAAACCCAUGUUGAUUUUUGAAUAUUACUGUAAUAAUAUAACACAAUAUUUUUGGCCAUUCAUUUGCAAAUGGGAAAUAAUCAAGAGGGCUUUAAGUCAAAUUCAGAGCCAUAAUGUGCCUUGCAAAAUCUAAAAUAUUUACAUAAAUGUGCA